AUGGGUGGCAACCGGAGAAGCAUUGAAUUUUCAGUGGAGGUGGUGGCUUUGACCAAUGAAUAUGUACACGAUGAGCUGACUCCAAAAAUUUGGAGGAAACCCAAUAGUGACAACUUUUAUCAGUGCAUAGAUCCGCCAAGAAGUCAAAUGAGAGCCAGAAAAACAAAUGGUUACCUUCUUGUUCAUGCGAAUGGUGGAUUGAAUCAAAUGAGAACAGGAAUUUGUGAUAUGGUUGCUGCUGCAAAGUUAAUGAAUGCUACCCUUGUUCUUCCUUCUCUGGAUCGUGAAUCAUUUUGGACCGAUCCAAGCACUUUUAAAGACAUUUUUGACUGGAGGCACUUUAUGGAAGCAUUAAAAGAUGAUAUUGAUGUAGUAGAGUAUUUGCCACCCCCGUAUGCAGCGAAGAAGCCCCUUGAAAGGGCACCUGUUUCGUGGUCGAAGGCUAAUUACUACAGAACGGAGAUGGCUACAUUGUUAAAGAAGUACAAAGUUAUAAGGUUUACCCACAGUGAUUCACGGCUGGCUAAUAAUGGCCUUGCAGCUCACAUCCAGAAGCUAAGGUGUCGCGCCAAUUACAAAGCUCUCCGGUAUUCAAAGGAGAUUGAGGAUCUUGGGAUGAAAUUGGUUGAUAGACUAAGAAAUAACAGCGAACCUUAUCUUGCUCUGCAUUUAAGAUAUGAGAAAGACAUGCUUGCAUUCACUGGCUGCAGCCACAACCUUACCGCAGAAGAGGCUGAAGAGCUUAGGGUUAUGAGAUAUAAAACUCUGCAUUGGAAAGAGAAGGAUAUGGAUAGUAAAGCACGACGGCUCCAAGGGGGGCCAAUAUAUGGAAGUGGUAGCAUGGCACCCUUCCUUGCAGAGUUCCCAAAUGUUUUUUCUCAUUCUAAUCUGGCAACUACAGAAGAAUUAGAACCUAUCAAGCCGUAUCAAAAUCGUCUCGCUGCCUUGGAUUAUAUUGUGGCACUUGAAAGUGAUGUCUUUAUUUAUACAUAUGAUGGAAAUAUGGCCAAAGCUGUGCAGGGGCACAGGAGGUUUGAAGGAUUUCGAAAGACUAUAAAUCCUGACAAACGAAAUUUUGUUGCGCUGAUUGAUCAGUUGGAUGAGGGUACAUUAUCCUGGGAAGAUUUCUCUUCACAGGCUCAAAGUUUACAUUCUAACAGGAUUGGGGCUCCAUACCGGAGGCGGGCAGGCUCAUCACCUAAGGAGGAAGAGAACUUUUAUGCGAAUCCUCUUCCUGGUUGUGUAUGCAACAUUUCCGAGGAGAAAUUUGUGAGCCCUAAACUUGUUAAAAAAGCAAAACGAAGUCAUAUGGAUGCAUAG